UAGCCCAGUAACACGGACAGAAUUUACAGUGGCACAAGAGCGGAUGUUUUAAUGCGUAGAAGCUGUUGACUUCAUGAACUGGAUGACUUCAUGAACUGGAUUCGGUGUUCCACUUGGUAAAGCUGACACAGUGAGGCGCUACCAUGGCGGAUGGUGUGGACCUCAGCCGAAAGUUUGUUUCUGAGUCAGAGUUAGAGGAAAGGAGGAAAAGACGGCAGGAGGAAUGGGAGAAAGUCCGCAAGCCAGAUGAUCCUGAAGAGGUCCCAGAGGAGGAGUAUGAUCCUCGAUCCUUGUACGAGAGGCUGCAGGAACAGAAGGAAAAGAAGCAGGAAGAGUAUGAGGAACAGUUCAAAUUUAAGAACAUGGUAAAAGGUCUGGACGAGGACGAUACUAACUUUCUGGACGAAGUGUCACGACAACAGUCUCUUGUUGAGAAACAGAGGAGAGAUGAAGAGCUACAAGAGAUCCAGGAAUAUAGGAGUGCUCUGAAGAAGCUGGCUGCUGGUGAGAGUCAGAAGAAGGAGUCGGAGAAAAGGGCAGGACCCAAACCCCCAGAGCACAAAACCAGCCACCUGUCACAGGCGCACCUACUGGCUGGGGCAGUCAAACGGCGCAGUUCCUCUCUGUCCUCGGAGAGCAGUAAGAAGCAGAAAGUGGAGGAGACGGCGCCGGCAGCAGCAGGGAACGGCAGUCAGACAGAACAGGAAACAGGUGAGCAGAAGCCGGUACCCAGGGAAGGAGUGGCUCGGACGGGCGUCCUGCAUCUGCCCUCCGCAGCGGUGUGUGUGGGCAUCCUGCCAGGGCUCGGGGCCUACUCGGGCAGCAGCGACUCAGAGUCCAGCAGCGACAGCGAAGGUAGCGUGGACGGGACCAACUCUCCCAUAAAGCGCCACAGGCUCUUCAGAUAGACACACUGACAAACCACACAAUCACCCACUCUCACUUCUCCCUCAUUACCUCUCUGAUCUCAAGGCUUAGGCCCCCCUUUGCCUUUUCAGCUGUGUGAAUCACUAUUAUUGCUCGCUGUCUUAUGACGCUAUAGACUACGUAAUUUGGAGUGUUUGUUUUGGCUGUGUAUGUUUUUCUUUUAAUAAGUCUGUUUCUAUAUCUGCCUUAAUGCUAAUUAAAGGCUUCUUGAAUGGUAACUGCCAUUGUGGUCAUUGAUGUGUUGUGCAUUGAAACAUGACCCCCUUCCCCAUGCUCCCCGUAUUACAUUCCAUACAGUUUAAACCUCUGGCGCCUAAACCUGACGAUGCCCCCCACCCAUCCCUGCGGCUUCUGCAGUGCUAUUGGCCAAGGGGACAGUGACAGACGUCUGUGGAUCAAGGAGAAGACUGCUAAAUGUCACAUCAGUGAGAUAUCUCUAAUACCAUCAGAUGAGAAAGCAGACUGAUCCGGGCAGUGCUGGUUGGAAGAUGUGGGAAAAAAUGUCUUGGUUUACUUUCAGAAGGUUGUUGUUUAUUUUAAAUGCUGCAAUGCUAAAAAUGCUGGAAUUUUUAUGAACUAUUCCCUAUAAGGAUAUGAAUCUGUAAUAGCUGGAUGGAACAAGAGAAACGGAAAAGAAAAUAAAAACUGAUUUGUCAUGUGA